AUGGAUGGAAACAGCAACCACGGCAAGCGACACCAGUGCUGGCGACCAGCAAGGCAUCGUUGCUUGCGAAGCAAUGGAUGGAAACAGCAACCACGGCAAGCGACACCUGCUGGCGACCAGCAAGGCAUCGUUGCUUGCGAGGCAAUGGAUGGAAACAGCAACCACGGCAAAGCGACACCAGUGCUGGCGACCAGCAAGGCAUCGUUGCUUGCGAGGCAAUGGAUGGAAACAGCAACCACGGCAAGCGACACCAGUGCUGGCGACCAGCAAGGCAUCGUUGCUUGCGAGGCAAUGGAUGGAAACAGCAACCACGGCAAGCGACACCAGUGCUGGCGACCAGCAAGGCAUCGUUGCUUGCGAGGCAAUGGAUGGAAACAGCAACCACGGCAAGCGACACCAGUGCUGGCGACCAGCAAGGCAUCGUUGCUUGCGAGCAAUGGAUGGAAACAGCAACCACGGCAAGCGACACCAGUGCUGGCGACCAGCAAGGCAUCGUUGCACGCGAAGCAAUGGAUGGAAACAGCAACCACGGCAAGCGACACCAGCGCUGGCGACCAAGCAAGGCAUCGUUGCUUGCGAGGCAAUGGAUGGAAACAGCAACCACGGCAAGCGACACCAGUGCUGGCGACCAGCAAGGCAUCGUUGCUUGCGAGGCAAUGGAUGGAAACAGCAACCACGGCAAGCGACACCAGUGCUGGCGACCAGCAAGGCAUCGUUGCUUGCGAGCAAUGGAUGGAAACAGCAACCACGGCAAGCGACACCAGUGCUGGCGACCAGCAAGGCAUCGUUGCUUGCGAGCAAUGGAUGGAAACAGCAACCACGGCAAGCGACACCAGUGCUGGCGACCAGCAAGGCAUCGUUGCUUGCGAGGCAAUGGAUGGAAACAGCAACCACGGCAAGCGACACCAGUGCUGGCGACCAGCAAGGCAUCGUUGCUUGCGAGGCAAUGGAUGGAAACAGCAACCACGGCAAGCGACACCAGUGCUGGCGACCAGCAAGGCAUCGUUGCACGCGAAGCAAUGGAUGGAAACAGCAACCACGGCAAGCGACACCAGUGCUGGCGACCAGCAAGGCAUCGUUGCUUGCGAGGCAAUGGAUGGAAACAGCAACCACGGCAAGCGACACCAGUGCUGGCGACCAGCAAGGCAUCGUUGCUUGCGAGGCAAUGGAUGGAAACAGCAACCACGGCAAGCGACACCAGUGCUGGCGACCAGCAAGGCAUCGUUGCUUGCGAGCAAUGGAUGGAAACAGCAACCACGGCAAGCGACACCAGUGCUGGCGACCAGCAAGGCAUCGUUGCACGCGAAGCAAUGGAUGGAAACAGCAACCACGGCAAGCGACACCAGUGCUGGCGACCAGCAAGGCAUCGUUGCUUGCGAGGCAAUGGAUGGAAACAGCAACCACGGCAAGCGACACCAGUGCUGGCGACCAGCAAGGCAUCGUUGCACGCGAAGCAAUGGAUGGAAACAGCAACCACGGCAAGCGACACCAGUGCUGGCGACCAGCAAGGCAUCGUUGCUUGCGAGCAAUGGAUGGAAACAGCAACCACGGCAAGCGACACCAGUGCUGGCGACCAGCAAGGCAUCGUUGCUUGCGAGCAAUGGAUGGAAACAGCAACCACGGCAAGCGACACCAGUGCUGGCGACCAGCAAGGCAUCGUUGCUUGCGAGGCAAUGGAUGGAAACAGCAACCACGGCAAGCGACACCAGUGCUGGCGACCAGCAAGGCAUCGUUGCUUGCGAGCAAUGGAUGGAAACAGCAACCACGGCAAGCGACACCAGUGCUGGCGACCAGCAAGGCAUCGUUGCUUGCGAGCCAAUGGAUGGAAACAGCAACCACGGCAAGCGACACCAGUGCUGGCGACCAGCAAGGCAUCGUUGCUUGCGAGGCAAUGGAUGGAAACAGCAACCACGGCAAGCGACACCAGUGCUGGCGACCAGCAAGGCAUCGUUGCUUGCGAGGCAAUGGAUGGAAACAGCAACCACGGCAAGCGACACCAGUGCUGGCGACCAGCAAGGCAUCGUUGCUUGCAAGCAAUGGAUGGAAACAGCAACCACGGCAAGCGACACCAGUGCUGGCGACCAGCAAGGCAUCGUUGCACGGAAGCAAUGGAUGGAAACAGCAACCACGGCAAGCGACACCAGUGCUGGCGACCAGCAAGGCAUCGUUGCUUGCGAGCAAUGGAUGGAAACAGCAACCACGGCAAGCGACACCACAACCACGGCAAGCGACACCAGUGCUGGCGACCAGCAAGGCAUCGUUGCACUUGCGAGCAAUGGAUGGAAACAGCAACCACGGCAAGCGACACCAGUGCUGGCGACCAGCAAGGCAUCGUUGCACGCGAAGCAAUGGAUGGAAACAGCAACCACGGCAAGCGACACCAGUGCUGGCGACCAGCAAGGCAUCGUUGCUUGCGAGCAAUGGAUGGAAACAGCAACCACGGCAAGCGACACCAGUGCUGGCGACCAGCAAGGCAUCGUUGCACGGAAGCAAUGGAUGGAAACAGCAACCACGGCAAGCGACACCAGUGCUGGCGACCAGCAAGGCAUCGUUGCACGGCGAAGCAAUGGAUGGAAACAGCAACCACGGCAAGCGACACCAGUGCUGGCGACCAGCAAGGCAUCGUUGCUUGCGAAGCAAUGGAUGGAAACAGCAACCACGGCAAGCGACACCAGUGCUGGCGACCAGCAAGGCAUCGUUGCACGCAAGCAAUGGAUGGAAACAGCAACCACGGCAAGCGACACCAGUGCUGGCGACCAGCAAGGCAUCGUUGCUUGCGAGCAAUGGAUGGAAACAGCAACCACGGCAAGCGACACCAGUGCUGGCGACCAGCAAGGCAUCGUUGCUUGCGAGCAAUGGAUGGAAACAGCAACCACGGCAAGCGACACCAGUGCUGGCGACCAGCAAGGCAUCGUUGCUUGCGAGGCAAUGGAUGGAAACAGCAACCACGGCAAGCGACACUAG